AUGUUCGCUCCUAACCGGAGAUCAAUUAUACCGCAGGUGACGAACUCAGCACAGCGAUCGUCCAUUACUCAUACGCCUGUGGGAGGACGUGGGCCACCACGUACAGGAUACUCUUCUCUGCGAUCUUCUAGAAGGUAUAUACCAUGUUGGUCUCAUGAUUCAUUCUACAAAUGA